GCGAGUCAAUCGCACAGAGCGGUGAGUCACUCGACGCCACACGAUCUGAGAUCUAAUAUGGGAAAAUUGGACGUUAAAAUAUUACGAUAUUUAACCCCAGAAAACUUUCGUGUUCUGACAGCGAUUGAAAUGGGUAUGAAAAAUCAUGAACUUGUACCUGCGUUACUUGCCACACAAAUAGCGAAUCUGCGUUACGGCGGAGUUCAUAAAUUACUGAAAGAAAUGUGCAAGCAUAAAUUGCUCAGUUACGAACGAGGCAAACGAUAUGAUGGUUAUCGUUUGACGAACGCUGGUUAUGAUUAUUUAGCCUUAAAAGUUUUAACACAAAGAGGAACAAUCCGUUCCUUUGGUAAUCAGAUUGGUGUUGGCAAGGAAUCUAAUAUUUACGUUGUUGCUAAUGAAGAAGAAACUCCGCUUUGUCUAAAGUUACAUAGAUUGGGUAGAACAUGCUUUCGAAACAUUAAAGAAAAAAGAGAUUAUCAUCAGCACAGACAUUCUGCAUCUUGGUUGUACUUGUCAAGAAUCUCUGCAACUAGAGAGUUUGCGUAUAUGAAAGCACUUUUAGAUCGAGGUUUUCCUGUGCCAAAACCAAUCGACUUUAAUAGGCAUUGUGUUGUUAUGGAGCUGGUUGAAGGUGGACCUCUGUGUAAUAUAAAUGAAGUAAACAAUGUGGAAGAGUUAUAUGAUGAGCUUAUGGAUUUGAUCAUUAAACUGGCGAAUCAUGGUGUUAUACAUGGAGAUUUCAAUGAAUUUAACAUAAUGAUUAAAGAUGAUGGCAAACCUAUUAUCAUUGAUUUUCCUCAGAUGAUUUCUACAGAACAUGAAAAUGCAGAAGCGUAUUUUGAAAGAGAUGUAAACUGUAUCCGUGAUUUCUUUAAGAGACGUUUUGGAUAUGAGAGCGAAUUGUAUCCAACUUUUCAAGAUAUAUCACGUGAAGACAGCAUAGAUGCUGAAGUCAAAGCCAGUGGCUUUACAAGACAAAUAGAAAAAGAAAUUGAUAUUUUCUUAACAGAAAAUGGUAUUGAAUAUAAAGAAGAAAAAGACAAUGAAAACAAUGAAGAUAAUGAGGACAGUGAAGAUAGUGAGGAAGAAAUAUAUGAAGACUGUGUUGAUAAUAUCGAGGAUUUGAAAUAUCAAUUAAAAAAUUUACAACUUCAAAACAAAAUUGUUGCAAAAGAAGUAGAAUUUGAUGUUUCAACAAAAGAUCCAGCAUUGAAUAAUGAUGAUGAACAGAAGGAAAUAUCUGUACCAUGUCCUGACAAUCAAAAUAAUACAGAAAAUGAAUGUAAACGAUAUAAUGAAGAUACAAUAGAAAAUGUAAUGGCCAAUGAAAAACACAAUAAUUUUACAUCGUAUGAUUUAUCAUCAAACCCGGAAAACGAAACAGUACAUUUUUAUGAUGAUACACGAAGUAUACGAAGUGUUUCAACAGCUGCUACAAUAGCACCAGAUGUAAUAAAAAAGAGAACAAAGAUAGCACUUGACAAACGUGAGAGAAGUCAAGCAAAAAGAGCACUUGUUAAAGGAGAAGCAAGCGCAGUAACGAGGAUACGAAGAGAUAAUAGAGCUACGAUUAAAGAAUCAACAGGAAUUUGGGGUUGGGAAUAA